AUGGAAAAAACCGAGUGCACGACAGGUAGAUUGGAAGAAUUUGAAGACCAAUUUCUGGAAUUUCAAAAAGAGAUCAAGGCCUUUAGAGGAAAAUAUCUAUUUGGAAAAGAAGUAAAUGACUUAUGCUUGGUUCCGAAUGUCAGAGUUCCGACCAAAUUCAGACUCCUAGAAUUUGAGAAGUACAAAGGGAAUUCUUGUCCUCAUAGUCAUCUGAUCAUGUAUGUAAGGAAAAUGUCCAUGCACACGGAAGAUCAACGCUUGAUAAUUCACUACUUUCAAGAUAGCUUAUUUGGAGCUGCUUUGAAGUGGUACAUGGGUUUGGAUAGUACUCACAUCCGUACUUUCCAUGACCUCGAAGAAGCUUUCAUCAGACAGUACAAAUAUAACAUUGAUAUGGCACCGGACAGAGAUCAACUCCGCGCUAUGUCCCAAAGAGAAAAAGAGUCUUUCAAAGAGUACGUGCAAAGAAGGCGCGAACUAGCUGCUCAAAUUAUUCCUCCAAUGGAAGAAAAAGAAAUGACCAAAGUGUUCCUUAAGACACUAAGCACAUUUUAUUAUGAGAAGAUGGUAGCAAGAGCACCCAAUGACUUUACUGAAAUGUAUGCUGCUAAUUGUAAGGGUGCAAGCGUUGUUGGGGUUAUAUUAUUUCUUGAACCCGAACAGAGCAUGGAAUCGAGAUUCUUGUCUUCCGGUCAAUUUGGGAUAUCUUUGAGGGAUAAAGAUUAG